AAAUCUUUCAACUUUGAUCGGGUCUUUGGGACCAAUUCAAAGCAAGUGGAUGUCUAUAAAGUUGUUGCCACUCCAUUGGUGGACGAAGUGCUGGCAGGCUAUAACUGCACUGUAUUUGCAUAUGGACAGACGGGGACAGGCAAAACUUUCACCAUGGAGGGUGAAAGGCAUGACGAAUUGUCAUCUUCAUGGGAGAAUGAUCCAUAUUCUGGAAUCAUUCCUAGAACACUGUCACAUCUGUUUGAUGAAUUGAGGGUUCAAGAAGUUGAGUGUACAGUCCGUGUUUCAUUUAUUGAAAUUUACAAUGAAGACAUCUAUGAUUUGCUGUCUGGAACUGAUGACACUACCAAACUUCGCUUGUAUGAUGACGCAAUCAAGAAGGGCUCAGUCAUUAUCCAAGGCAUGGAGGAGGUAACUGUGCACAACAAUAACGAAGUUUACAGUAUUUUGGCUAAAGGCUCGCUCAAGCGUCAAACAGUAGCCACGCUAAUGAAUGCCCAUUCGAGUCGCUCGCAUACCAUCUUCUCCAUCACUGUUCACAUCAAGGAGAACAAUGACGGCGAGGAGCUCAUGAAGAUUGGCAAACUGAACCUGGUCGAUUUGGCCGGGAGUGAGAACAUUGGUCGAUCUGGGGCCGUUGAACGCCGAGCUCGUGAAGCCGGCAAUAUCAAUCAAUCAUUGCUCACACUUGGUCGUGUUAUCACUUCCCUCGUCGAGCGUGCUUCACACAUCCCAUACAGUGAGUCGAAACUGACACACUUGCUUCAGGACUCUCUGGGCGGCCGAACUAAAACGUCUUUAAUCGCUACUAUCUCGCCAGCGGCCGCCAACCUGGAGGAGACUCUAUCAACCCUCGACUACGCCCACCGAACCAAGAACAUCACCAACCGACCCGAGGUCAAUCAGAAGCUCACGAAAAAGGCCCUACUCAAGAUUUCAAAACUUGGAGUAGUAGACCCGUCCCCUGUUUGGCAUGAAUCUAACGAUGGACAGCAACAACAACAGCAACAACAACAGCAACAACCAUGGAGGACCAUGGCCUUCUAA